GCCUGAAUUCUAAAGAAGAUGAUGCUCGGAUGAAAUUUUAUCGAAAUGGGGCCUUGAUGGUUAUGUUUGCCAAUCUGUUGGACGAUCUAGCAGAACUUUUUCCAGAAUACAAACUCAAAAGGCUUAAAUUUUUACUUCGUGAAUUGAUGGGAAAAGACACAGAGACCAUGAUGGAAGCAGAAUCCAUGAGAGAAAUUUUACAAGUUUUGAGACAGAAAAAUAUAUUCUCUCCAAAAGACGUCUUAACAAUGCAAUACUUACUAAGAAAAACAGAAUGUGCUGAACUGUGCAACAAAUGCACCGAUUAUGCAAAGAAAUGCAAAGCUCUGUGUUUCUUUGAAAAUCAACCAGAAAAUGGAUAUAAACAGGCCAGGUUUCAUGUAAAUGGAAAUGUCGAAGAUUAUUCAAAAGAAGAUCUUCUUCGUAUACGAGAUACGAUCGCUGCUAUGUUAGACUGUUCCACAGAUUCUGUAUCUAUUGAAGGACUUCGACCAUCUGAAAGCUUUGUAGUCGUUGUAGCUAUAAAACAGGAAUACAUAAAUAGACUUUUAGAGCGCGCUCAAAACAUUUUAGUUCAUCUGUGUGAUUUAAACGUCGAUUACUUUGAAUGUGAUGGAGUCAAAAUCUAUAGGCAAGAGUGGGAAGAAGCAAAGAACACGGGAGAAAGCACUGAAAAUAGUCAACAUCAUCCGUCUGGCAUUCAAGAACAGAAAGAGAGAUACACUAUACCAGUUCAGUGCGUCUCUGACAUAGACGAAUAUAAUCUAGCAUCACCACUUGAGUUUAGCUCGUUGUUGCCUCCUGGACCUUCAAUAGCAAUUGAAGAAAUACCUUUCGAUGAUGAAAAACAUGUACAAGAAAAACAAGAUAUGGAAGAAACAAAGGAAAAAUUAUUUGAAAGUUGUAAAAUAACGACUGACAAUGAUGAGAAUGAGACAGCUUUAAAAAUUGUUUGCCAAAAUAAAACAGAAAUAGACAGCACGAUAGAGUCUGCUUCCUUAGAGGAUAAAGAAGUUACUCUGGAGACCUAUGAAGAUCGGAUGUAUCAGAAUGAAUUAGCAGAACCUGCACAGAGAGGAAAAAACUGCAUUAUCAUAGCCCCAACCGGGAGUGGGAAAACUAUUGUUGCAAUUAAAAUUAUUGAGCAUCAUCUUAAAGCUAACCUGGGACAUAAAGUCAAGAAGAUUGCCUUUGUUGUGGACAAAAACAACUUGGCAAAGCAGCAGGCAGAUGCAAUUAAACGCUAUAUCGCGUGCAAACUAAAGGUUAUAUCAGGGGAUACAAUGCGUGAAGAAGAAUUUACACAACUGUCUUCCCUUCUUCCACGGUAUGAUAUCUUUGUGAUAACAGCUCAGAUGCUCGUCAAUGCAAUGGAUAAAAAAGAUCUGAACGUUGAAUCAUUUACCCUUCUGAUUUUUGACGAAUGUCACCAUUGCCAUGGUGGACACUCUUUCUACAAAGCCAUGGUUCCUUACCAUGAUGAAAUGCAAAAUGGCUUGGGUGACUUUCAUCAACAGAAAAUUCUCCCACAGAUCGUUGGCUUAACGGCUUCCAUUGGAGUUGGUAAUGCUAAAACCACCGAACAAACUGUAAACCAUGUUAAAACUAUGAUGGCUAAUCUUGACGCUGAUGUCCUCGUAUCUGUCCAAAUAAAUAAAGAAGAAUUGGCCGAAAAAAUAAAUAGACCAUAUCAAUCGAUUGUAAACAUUCCUUCUCGAAAGAGAGACGAAUUUGGAGCAAGUAUCCAGUCCUUGAUGAUUAAAACAGAAGAUUACUUUAUAAAAGAACUAGAGAAUAUUGUGGGCGAAAACGUAGUGAUUCCACCAGCUAAGAAGGGCAAUGAACAAUACACCCAAUGGCUGCAAGAUGAUGUUAAAAACUUAAUAGCAAACACUAAAGAUAAAACCUUAAGUCGUAUGCUGCAUACAGCCUGGAGAUACUUACAGAUUUAUAAUGAAGGUUUGAUUAUGCACUCGUAUCUCAGAGCACGUGAUUCCCUUGACGCUAUCAUUCAAAAAACUGAAGAACUACCAAAAUCAUCCAGUGAAUUAGAGCAACACAUAAAAUUCCUAUUUGAAAAUGAGAAAAGUAAUCUACAGGUGUCUGCAACAGACAACACAACGACAAAAGAAAAUCCUCUUCUACUCAAGUUGAAAGACAUAAUAAUAGACACGUAUCAGACCGAACCAAACAUGAGGGGAAUAAUAUUCGUUCGCACACGUGAGCUUGCAGAUAUUCUUGUACAGUGGAUGAGCAGUAUUGAAGAACUGAAACACAUAAAGGCCAAAACAUGCACAGGAGCAAACGCGAAAAGGUCUGAGGGAGGAAUGACGAAAAAUAAGCAGAAAGAAACCAUCGACUUAUUCAGGAAAGGAGAUUUCAAAUUGAUUGUGGCCACAACAAUUGUUGAAGAGGGAUUGGACAUCAAAGAAUGUAAUCUUGUUGUAAAAUAUGAUUAUGCUGGAAAUGCAAUCGCACAGAUUCAAGCCAAAGGACGAGGACGUGCUGAUAAAAGCAGAUUCUUUAUUCUGGCAUCUGAGGACAAAUGCGUUGCAGAGAGGGAGUGGAUUAACUCUGAGAAAGAACCAAUGAUGGAUGAGGCAAUGACAAUUGUUCAAAUGGAAAUCCUGACAAAUAACGAAAAAUUUCAAAAAGAAAAACGAGAGCUACAACAAUCGGCAAAGAUACAAAGAGAAGCUGCAGCUUCCAACAAAGAAAGAAAAGAGACUCCCAGCGGACAGUAUGAACUCAGAUGCUUGAAAUGCAAAACGAUUCUGUGCCUGUCCAGUGAAAUGAGGAAACUUAAAGCUCAUUAUGCAUGCGUAAACGGUGACUUUAAAAAUCUUGUUUUCUUCGAAAGAAGUGAAAAAGUUGGAUAUGCAGGAGACGAUAUUCAGGUUGGUCUUGGAAAACUGAAAUGCAAGGAGUGUCAGGAGAAACUUGGAGUCGUUGCUCUUUACAAAGAGGUGCACUUCCCCAUUUUGCAAAUUAAGUCGUUAAAAAUUGAGAAUAACCAGAAAAAAAUGUUUAUACCGGUAGUUAAGAAAUGGAAAACAGUAGAAGAGAAGUAUUUUACAGUGCCUUCUAUAUCUUUGGAUGAUUUGCAAAAGAUUUCAAAAACCGGAAAAUUACUCAAUUUGGAUUGAGUUUUUAGGGAAGGUCAUGACAUUUCAUAAUUAUUAAAACAUUCAGUUUCAAAAUUCAAAACAGUU